AUGACCGACAAGUUACCCCCACAGCUGCUGCAGCUGUUCGCCCCUAGGCCUGCCCUGCGAUAUCUGCCGCCAUGCGACCACGCCCCCGAGGACCGUCGCACUCCUGCCAUCUCUGGUGUCGCUCAAUAUGUCCAGGCCGCAAAGGAAUACGACGAUGGUUACGUCCCGACCGAGAGCUGGCUGCAGAAAAAGGACCGUGAAAAGAUGGAAAGAGACAACGCUGCUCAAUACCGCGUCACAGAAGGCUACAAGAACGAAUUCAAACCUCACGACGACCCCAACGUUAUUGGCGAUCCAUUGAAGACUCUCUUCGUUUCUCGUCUCAGCUACAAUACUGAGGUCAAAGACCUCGAGCGCGAAUUUGGUCGCUACGGUCCCAUCGAGCGCAUCCGUUUGGUUGAAGACACAACCACUCCCACUCCCAAAAAGAAGCAUCGAGGCUACGCUUUCAUCGUUUUUGAAAGAGAUUCUGACAUGAAGGCUGCCUACAAGGAUGCCGAUGGAAUUCGCAUCAAAGACAGACGCAUCCUGGUCGAUGUCGAGCGCGGUCGCACAGUCAAGGAAUGGCGUCCUCGCAGAUUUGGAGGUGGUCUCGGUGGCCGCCACUACACAAAAGCUGCUCCUCCUCGUCCUUCCGGCUACGGUGCUCCCUCUGGUCCUGGAGGCUUCGGCGGCGGUCGCGGCGGUUUCGGUGGGGGCUUUAGAGGAGGUUUCCGUGGUGGAAGAGGAGGAGGAGGCGGUGGAAACUUUAGGGGCGGCUACGGUGGAGGCGACAGAGGUGGGUAUGGAGGCGGCAGAUCUGGAGUCGGCUACGGCAAUGGAUUCCCAGAAGGUGCCCCAUCCGGUCCUCGUGGCCCCAGAGGCGGUCGUGAUGGCUACUCAGGAGGCCGCGAUGGUGGCCGCGACAGUUACUCGGGCGGAGGCUCAAGAUACGGCGACAGACCGCCACGCGACAGCUACGGUGGCAGCGGAGGCAACCGUGAACCGAUCGGAGGUGGUGACCGUGGUGGCGGCUACCGCGACCGUGAUCGGGACCGCGACAACGACCGCAAACGUCCCUACGAUGGAAACGGUGGCUACGACGAAUCGCGCAAGCAAAGAAGGUACUGA